AUGGAGCGGCCGGAUCGCACAGAUCGGGCACCGCCGCCCAUGACUGCUGCCACAACUGCGGCUGCGACCACGAUAUCGGUAUCGAACUCUUCUGGCGUUCGUGGCCUGCCUGAGAAUCCUGCUCAGGGUCGCCGACCCAUCCCCAACUCAGCCGCCACUUCCAACGGAACAACACCGCCGCCGCCUCCGCCCAUUCCGACCGGUACAAAUGUUCCUCCCAAUGGAAAUCUCUCGGUAUCUAGGGCCCUCACACCGGCACAAGUCAUUGGUUUGGCCCGCGAUGCGAUGCGUAUGGCCCUGGAAAGCGAAGGACAAACUGUCGAAGCCAGCACCGCAGGCACUGGCCUGAAGUCUGGUGUAACAGUUGACCUCAGCCGAAAAAGCAUUCAAAAAUUGCCGGAAGAGGUGGUGGAUAUCGUCAAAGAUGAGCUCGAGCGGCUUGCUCUCUCUCACAAUCAGCUAUCGUCACUACCCGCUCGAUUCUCGGAAUGUACAUCUCUGCGAUACCUCAAUAUACGUGGCAACCUCAUCAAAGAGUUUCCCUUGACUCUAUGCGAUCUUACCUCGUUAGAGAUCCUCGAUCUCGGAAGAAACCAACUGCGUGCGCUGCCCAACGAAAUCUCAAAGCUUACCUGUCUCAAGGUCUUGUCUGUGCCCAAGAACCACAUCCGCGAGCUGCCAUUAUGUCUCGCCGAUAUGGUAUCACUGCAAGUCUUAAAAUUCGAGGGGAACCCGAUUAGCUUCCCGCCCAAAGAUGCGCUGCAGUUGCCAGCAGCCAGUCCUUCCAAUGAGACAAGGGAAAGCGAGGUCACCGAAGUUGCUGUCACGGCCCAUAUCAAGAGAUUUCUGCGCCAGUCUGCUCUCAACGGAAAGAUGGAGGCAGAAGGCACCGGCGACGAAUCAAGCGAAAACGCAGAGACCCCUCGCUAUCCUCUGAAGCGUGCAGCCAGUGGCCGAUUUCCGAUCAGGGUCAAUGGAUCAGAUCCUCCCGAUAUUCGAUCACCAAAUCUUGGUUCCAGGGCCCCUCCGAUUCCGUCUCGGUCCCAUUAUCGCGGCCUUUCGCAGCAAAAUACAGCUAUUCGACGACCUACCGUUAUGCCGCUAACAAUCGGCAAUGUUAACGAACGUUUACGAAGUAAUUCUGAAAGCCUGUUGAGGCCAGAUCGACCUGAUGGUCGUAAUCGGCGCAUGGGCAUUGUUUCGAAGAAAACUUCAGAGCUUGAUACUCUCGAAGAGGCGGAACCCAACAACAGGUUCAGUCACUAUCGAGGCUUGAGUCACGGAUCUGCGAUGCAAGAGGCUCCAGUCGUGACGAAGAGCCCAGCGACUCCUACCGACAGCCUCUUGCACCGCCCGAUUUACGUUCGUCGAUUGUCAGUGCUGCCGGAGCGAAGGCGAGAGUCGAAAGUCUACGAUCCAGUCAUUGAAUCCGCCAAAGGAAUUCUCUAUUCUGUUUUCCAGAUUCACCCAAUGAUUCAGAUGCUCAUGACAUUAACGAAUGACGGGUCGGCGAAGAGAUCCAGCCUCGAGAUUGUUUUCUACAACACCAACUCUCACGUGGAAGAACUGGAGCAAGAAAUUCAAAAGUACGAGAGCGCUAUCCCGGAGGAAGGCGAGUACAAUCCAAAAGAUAAUCAGAACGUGCACCGUGCAUGCCAGACUCUGGUCAGUGCAUACGGUCAUGUGUGCACGCUGCUCGCAGACAACAUUGAUACGUUUGUUAACAACGGUGAUGCACGAUAUAUUCGUUCACUCCUUAUGUUACUCUACAACAGCAUCAUGGAACUACGAGUCACCUUGUGUGCCGUAUUCUCUCAAUCUGGUCAGACGCUUCCGCAAGUGCAAUAUGAGAGUAACAACGAUACCAUCAAGCCAUACAGUCAGAACGGUCAGAUGCAGUCUGCCCCGAUGGAGAGGAAUGGACAGCAGCGCAGUCGGCAAGGCACUGUGCGCCACAGUCCCACCAAUUCAAGAUCCUCACAAGAUCACCAGGGCCCAUACAUGAGCGGCCCGCGAAGGUCCAACGCAUAUAUGCCCAACGACCAGAUGGGCCAGAUGGGCACCCAAGCUCCAAUUUACAAUACUGCGGAAGACGAAAUGCAUUUUGAACGAAUUCUGCUUUCAUUACAGAAGUCGGCCGACAUUAUUUUGCAGAUACUGCCUAACUUCAGCAUGCAAGUAACGGGACGCCUUCGAAAUGCGAUACAGCAACGUGCCCCAGAAGGUGCUCUGCGAGAUUUGAAGGCCCUCAUCAACAUAUGCAGCGAUACUGUCCAGCAAAGUGAGGUGCUCAAGAAUCAGAUAGGCCAUUUGAGACGAAAGGACCCAACUCUGCGUGUGCAGCCGGGCUUUGGUGUUUUGUGCAGAAACUUCUUCUCCAGCUGGGCGAGCACAGCUGGAAUGGUCAAGGAGUUGACUAAGCGCCUUCCUCUACCACCAGACACUCGAGUUCGAUUGCGGCCUAUCCAACAAAUGGUCAAAGACACUAGCAACUUGAUCGUGCAGUCUCCUUGGCAGCACCUUAUUCGAGUGCCUGGUCCCGGCAUGUAUCCGAACGGCAUUAUGUCGCCCUCAAACGUCCCUAUCACACCGCAAAGCGCAGCUCUCGGUCCCGCGAUGCAGGCUACCGUUCCUGUGACCCCUCAAAGCGCUUCCUUUGCCAGGGCUUUCCACGGCAACGUUUUUGACCGGGCCGACGCACUGAUUGCCAACCCUGGCAUUUCGAUGUCAAGAAGCGGUCCAAUGAGUCGCGGCCACUCGAACCUCAGUUCAUUGUCCUCCAUAUCCUCGCUCUCUUCAGACGGGGCUCCUACACCAACCUCGAAUUAUUAA